AUGUUGUCAGGUGAUAUUUUGAUUCGUCAACCAUUGAGUGUGGCCUUGCUGCCGCCACCCUCAUUAAUAGAGUUUUGCAAAAUUAUGGCGGCAAUUGCAACGCUAGCCAAUCAGCAAAAUAUCGACGAUGAUGAUAUUUUCCUAGAAAAUGGUCUGUUAAGCUACGAAAAUCCCAACUAUCAUAUGGACCCCCAACGGUUGGAGCGAAAUUCUCAUCUGUACGAAGAGAUCAUCUCGGAGUUACAACAGCAGGGCACCCUCCGGCCGAUUGCCGGUGUCCAGAAUGGCUCGCAAAUGAUCGGCAAUAAUCGUAAGGGUUACGGGGUGUUCGACCUCGGCACGAUGGGCGUCGAGUUGAAAGGAGGCUCCGACGGAAGCUCUACGAAGGAAAAGAAAACGCUUCUCGGCGACACGUCGCCGAAUGAGUCGAAAACGCAGAAGGAUCAGGAGCCGGAAAAUGGUGAAAAAACUCAGGAAAUUCAGCACAUACCUGGUACGCUGAACUCCGACGACCUAUACGCGUUGCCGAACAAGCGGAAGCAGGCGGAGGUUGGGGAGGUUCCACCGGAAGAAGACGAUGCGGAUGACGAGGACCCUGACCGGCAGGGCGAAACCGAUGAACGAGAUGAAAAGGGAAAGCGAGAGGAUAUUGAAGCCAUUGAAGAUAAGGACAAAACGAAAGAUUUACCACCGGGUUGGGAGAAACAUGAAGAUAACGGAGGGCCAUACUACUGGCAUAUCAAGUCGGGUACCAUACAACGCGAGCCGCCACUUUGGCCGAAGGACGCAAACAGCCGGGAGCUUAAGACGCCCAGCAUUCCGAUACCGAGAAGCAUACAGAAUUCCUCCUUCACACAAGCCUUGAACAAUCUGUACGGAACAAAGGAUGGCAGUGGCACUAGUGGCAACAGUAAAUCCGCUCUCUACGACAGCAUGACGUCGUCGGUUACGAGAAGCAGCACCAGCUCUGCACUGGAUCAGGAAGACGAGCGACGCCGACGAGAAGAUGUUGCAUUGAAGCGACGUAGUUUUCCCCUUAAAUCCGACACAGAUCGACCCAUUCGGUUUGCAGUGCGAUCGCUCGGGUGGGUCGAAAUUGCCGAGGAAGACCUUACGCCGGAGCGUUCCUCGAAGGCGGUCAAUAAGUGCAUCGUCGAUCUGUCGCUCGGGCGCAACGAUAUGCUUGACGUCGUCGGCCGUUGGGGUGAUGGCAAAGAUUUGUUCAUGGACUUGGACGAAGGCGCUCUCAAACUGAUAGAUCCGGAAAAUUUGACAAUACUGAACUCGCAGCCGAUCCACACGAUACGUGUCUGGGGUGUCGGACGUGAUAAUGGCCGCGAAAGAGAUUUUGCUUAUGUGGCCCGUGAUCGUCUUACCAGAAUACACAUGUGCCACGUGUUUCGCUGUGAAACUGCCGCGAGAACAAUUGCAAAUACGCUAAGAGAUAUUUGCAAACGAAUAAUGAUCGAACGUUCCCUCCAACUUGAUGCUAAUGGAUCCAACCUGAGCAGCACCAGGUGUGCCAUACGUCCUACGGAUCUGCCGACUGAGAACCGCCGAUGGAUUCGCCAUCCACAAUCCUUUCCAACACCGAUGGAAGAACCGAAGAAAGUAUUACGGGCACAGUACGUGGGCAGUGCGGAAGUGAGUCUGCCAACUGGCAUUGAGGUACUAAAUGAUGCCAUUGACAAGCUGACCAGCAGCACACCAUCGGACAGCUGGGACUUAGUGAAUGUGGCGGUGGCUCCGAGUAUGAUAAGUGUCAAUACUUCGGAUGCCGAAGGACGGUUACUGUGCGAGUGUCGUGUGCGAUACUUGAGUUUCCUGGGCAUUGGUAAGAAUGUACAGCAGUGUGCGUUCAUCAUGCACACGGCGCAGGAUAAAUUCGUGGCACACGUGUUCUACUGCGAGCCAACCAGUGGUCCACUGUGCAAGACGAUAGAGGCAGCCUGUAAGCUGCGAUACCAAAAAUGCUUGGAUGCUCACCCGGAUGGCAGCGGGCGCUACUCUGCUGACUCGCAAACACCCGGCAAAGGAAUUGGAGCGACGUUAAAAAACUUGAUGAGCUCGUUCUCGCUAAAAAAGGAUAAGGCCAGCUCCUGAGAACGAGCCAGAUCUCUGCAGGAAAUCUGGCCACUUCCUCCAGAGAGGGAAGUAAUUCCGCAUCGACACCUACAGUCGCCGCUGAUCAGCAAAAGAAUCUUUGAACAUCCCAACAGCCCGUAGCAUUCGAUGCUGCCAGUCGCCUGGCAGAAGAUCAACCUAGCGAAAUACAACGGCAACCAGCACCGAAAGAUACCGACGGGCAAACAUUUGGGAAAGACACUGGUCAAAGAUGGUCAGGAUCCGGUGGCGGAGGAGGAGGUCGAUGCCAAGCAAGCAUCCACCACAGAUGCAGUGGAAGAUAGCUCUACGGCACUCCUACUCGAUUGCGUCAUUGAAGAAUCCCUCUGAGGCUGCUAGUAUACAUGUGUAAGAUUCAUAGAAUGGUAAACUAGAAAAGAAAAAAAAGAAAAAUUACUUAAUCUUGCAGUAAUUUUAACAAAAAAAGAAGAAAACCAACAACCAGAAAUCCGGAGAAAAGCAUCAUUAUAACACACUCUAUACCAAAAUGCGAUCGCUAUGACGCGUGCUUACAGCAAGUAAUACUCGAUAUUGCUACAUUUUGCCUCAAAUAUAACGAUAAAGUUUAGGAAACGAUAACAUGUGCACAACGGCAGGGUAUGUGUGUGUGUAUGUGUGUGUAUGGGCAAACGUGUGCAAGCUACUAGCUAUUAGCGAAAGGGUCGAACUACUUUGUGCGUAAGCUCUUUCGCGUCAAACCUGGCCACGUUAUUCAGGCGGUAGGAAGAACUCCCUAACGUUGACUGCUGUGCGGUCAUGUUUCGGAUUUAAUCAUUCUCGAUUCGUAACGCCGCUUGCGCUUGCGUGGUGUGCUUGGAGAGCUGACGUCCCGCAAUAAUUCUAUUGGCUUGGUGAUUACACUUUGCAAUUUGGCAUAACAAAGCCGAGAUGAAGAUCGCAGGAUCGAUUGUGAACAUAUGCCAGCCAGCCAACGACGAUAAUGAUCGAAAAAAAUUGCGGCAGAAUUGACAAUGGGUCAGCGGUUACAAAUCGGCUGGCGUGAGUAAUGGACAUAGAACAUACAAUUUCGGAAUAAUAUUUAUAUUCUUGGACCAUUUUGUUGGUGGUCACAUUCGGUUUUUUCGACAGUUUCACACAUACCACAUGGUUUAGUAAUCUGCACAAUGGAGCAGACGACAUUUUUAAUUCUGGAACCUAAAGUCUUACGUUACCAAAACUUAUAAGUAGCUAGCCUUCAGCAUUUCUCACACUAGACAAUGUUUAGUUCAUUCCAAAUGUAGCAAAGAAAUUCAUGAACAUUAAGCAAGUGUUUAGCAUAACCAAACUGCCGUUCGAUGCAUACUUAUUCCCGCGCCCUGUGUAUAUACCGUUUAUAUACACAUAUAUAUUUUUGUACCGUAGCAGUAAAAGAAAUCACGAGAAUUGGAAACGAGAAGGCUUAGAAGUCUUAUAGACGGUGAUGGAAGAAAAAAAAAUCAGGAGGACUACACAAUCUCACCUUUUCAAAGAAGGCGCAUAUUUGUAGGCUGUAGGAUAAAUAUUUAAGAACUAUUUAAUGACCCCUAGCAUAACGCAAACAUGUAAAACAAUCGACGGAAAAGAGUAAAGAAGAAGAAACUAACGCUUGUGUAACGCCUUUCGCCUUGCGUGUACGUAAACUGUUCCGUUUUGACCCUCUUGUAGGAAGCGUGAUAGCUACACACCACACUGGGUGUGCUUGUGUUUGCAAAGUGAAAAUCGAGAGUAGAUAAAGGAGAAUAUAUUAUUUUUGCUACCCAUAGAUUGCGUUUGCUUUAGGAGAUAGUAGACCUACCAGAGAAAAUUUGCUUAGGAAGGAAACUCGAUACGAUUAAAGAAUGAAUUGUAGCAAAGGCUAGGCUAAAUGUAUUUAAAACGAAAGAGACCAACGCGGUUCCAAAUGCAACAUAACAACCAAAAGUUUGCUAAGAGAGUGUAAACGUUAUCGUAGAUGAUUUUAAAUGCUGUCCACCAUAUUCCAUCCCCAAAUACUCUACUAUCCGCGUGCCGUCAUGGCACAGGGUGGCAUUGUUUCGUAGGCCCAAAUAUAAGAUUUAUCCAUCUACGUUGACACAUGCUAGAUUCUGUUUUGAUUGUAUCCACAAACCCUGAGACCACGGGUGGUGGAUUUCGCAAAUGAAUGCUGGAUUUUUCAUGUCAUUAUUAUCGUGUGUGAAAGUACACUUGCCACAGUCAAUUGCACUCUCAAACGCGUGUAGGAGAAGCUGAUAAAACAUAAAUUGGUACGAGAAUCAGAAUCUUUUCCACAGCUUUCAGUGAGCAGUACCUACAAACAUAUCCCGCCAUUACCAGUGAUCCUCAGAGCAUUAGAAGCUUAGUUGACGCGUAGGAACGAUGAGAUGUUUACUUUAUUCCUCCACAUGGGUAGAUCGACAAAAGAAGAAAACAAAGUACUGAAUGACUAUUUUAAGCCACUGUUUGUGUCACGAUAGCAGGACCGCCCCCUGAUUCAUAACAAAAUCCUACUACUGCAUGGACCAAUUGUGCUAUAUUCGAUAUACAAAGCAAAAUACAACAAAAGUCACAUACACAUACACAUAAAAACCGUACACAGCAACAUAAAUCAGGAAUUUCAAUGGAACAGCAUGGAUGCGACAAACUAUGCCAGGCGAGCAUACUGAACCGAACAGAUGCUUAUUCUUGCCAUUUCGGGCUAUAUUUUUUUAGUUCAAGCUUUUUGAUUGACGUAGGACGGCAGGAACUGUUCCCUAAUCAAGCGAUUGAGAAGUAAUUUCACCGUUCGUCAUGGCAUAGCAGGCCGCUUCAGUUGCUUUCCCGUGCAACCAAAGAUGUCGUUGUAAUGUAGUAGCUUAACUGGAGAUUAGACGAAAGAUGAAUACAAUUAUUGCAACCCUGGACGACUUGAAUUAAAAAUGAAAUAAGAGAAAAACUACUAGACAAAACUCGCAAGAAACAAUCGUGUAAUGCACAAUGAAGUGGAAAAAAUACAGAUGGUAUUUUCGUCUAGUUGUGUCUGCUCAUAUGUUGUCUAAUAGUGAUAAUUUGUCAGGAGUCUUAAGCAUUUUACCUUAGUUCUAUUUUUUAUUAUUUGCUAUACACACUUGAAAAAAAAAUCUUGUUUUCAUCUAAAGGUUGUUUUUCAAUAACGACUUUAUUCUUAAAGUAUAGGCCUAUUAUUAGUUUACGCAUUGAAGGUUGUGUAAUUGUGUAGAAAAAAAUGUAGGAAAAAAUUGUCGGAAAAAAUGUAUAAUUAUGAUUUUAUUUAUUUAUUUAUUUUCAGAAGGGACGGCCUGGCCGCACUGCUUUAAAUUAUGAUUUUAUAAUAAUUUUUAAAAGAAUUAAAUAUGGGUUUACAUUUCGAGUUCUUCGAGUAACGCAACCAGAACCAUAAAAUCAGAAUAAAGAAGCUUUCGCCCAUAAACAAAACUCUCCCCACAAUACAGUGGUUACAAUGUAUAUCAACCUCAACGAGUGUAAUCCAACAAAGUACAGUUAUGUAACUACAGUUCAACCCGAAAUACUAUAAUGGUAAAACCUAUCAACUCGUAACGCAUUCAACAAACUGAUUCUAGCGUUUUUACCAGUUGAUCAUCAAACAUGCUAAGCAGCUGCAUAUAGCAAAUGAAUUAAAAAAUCCAAGAAAAUCCGUUUACAUAGACUAGUGCGAAAAGGUACACAAUUGUGCGAAAUUUGAGAAUAAAUUCUAGUGGACCGGUAAACAGCAAUUUUGCAAGAAACAGGUAACACUUCUAUUCUGGUUGAACUGAAAUCAUCACCGAUGAUAACCAGUACUAUGAGAGAUUUCAAGGAGCUUUCGCUGUGAGCGCAACAAAUUAACGUACGUGAAUACAUUGGCCGCAAACAGUGGCGUGAGUGGCUAACAACGUGCUAAUGUAAAAGAAAUUGCUUGGAACGUAGAAACGGAGAGCUGCUGCAAGGGUAUGAAAUUGAAAAUCGAAAUAAACAAGGACGAACUUACAAGGGUUAAGAAAAAAUCUUUAAGUUGUUGCAAUCCUAUCUACAGUACAUUUUUGCGAGAAAAAUUAAGAAUAAAAACAACGGAUCAAACCUAUGAACACAAAUAUAACCAAAUGGAAAAUAGCAAUAAAAGCAACAGCAAAAGAUAUAUGCAAGCUACCCCUCUGAACAAGCCAGCUGAUGCAUGCAAGAACGUAGAUGUAAAACCUAAGUAACAUCGACAUGGUCCUACAUACAGCCACACACACAUACACUCACAUUAUUACAUGAACAUACAGACGACACCGAACACCAACAACACGGCCGCAAACACAUUAAACGAAUAACUACAAAAAGAUAGCUUGUUGCUUUUUCGCACUCGAGGCACAAUUUAAAGAACGUAAAAAAGAGUUUAAACGAUAAGAGAAAGCUUGUAUGGGAUGGUAAGCAAUCAAUUGGUGAUGCUCAUAGUUGAAAAUGCAAAGGGAUACACAAGAAAAACUAUCUUGAGCCGGUGCGGUUUUGUUCUAUCCAGAAUGGGUCACUAGGAUGCGCUUUCGGGUACGCGUUCCGUGCUCUAAACAGGCGUUCCUUUAACGUCCUUCGACGUAUUUCGUUUUCAAAUCAUUUACAAUGGUGCAUAAGCUACCAAAAUGAUGCUCCCUUCGAUGGGGGUUUAGUUGGGUUAUUGAAGCGUGCGAUUCAGGGCAUCGGUUGUUUCGGUUCGACGAACAAAGUGCACAUCAAGGCACGCACGUUUCGUUGAUGAACUUGAACUUGGGAAAUAACGUGUCCGCCCUUCACAGGGUCUGCAGUCACGCAUUCACGUUCACAUUUGGCUUGCAUCAGUUCCUUGAAGUGGUAGGAACUGAUAUAGAAACAGAAAAAAAAAUCAUAUUCAAUGCAUAUUUCAAGAAAUGCUAAUUGGUUACAAAUCCGUAUUUUAUCCUUCAAUGCUACCCAACCAACAAUACAGUUGAACAAAACAUCAUCAUAGCAGCAAAUCCUAUUCACUGAACGCUGAAACUCGGAAGGCAAGUUAAUUAUGCGUUACUGCAAAAAUAUAGGUCAGCUGCAUGCAGACUAGAACAGUUGAAAGGAAAGAGCACAUCGACGACAAGAGAGGAUAUCGAAGGCAAAAUCACUUUGAACAGAACAAACAAUGACUGCAUCGCUUUUGAUUAUUAUGUAAAAUUGUAUAAAAAUAUAUAUAUGAAAAAACA